AGUCGGGUUUGGGGCGGGGCCUUGUGCGUGUUCAAAAUCUAGGCGGUGGUUGCGAGAAAAUGGCGGCUCCUUCGCGGUGGCAAUUCUCUUGCUACGCAAAGCCCCGGGAGGGUGACUUUUGUGAUGGCACUAAGACAGUUGACGAAACUUCUUUUACGACUUCCAUGGAAUGGGACACACAGGUGGUGAAGGGGUCCUCGCCGCUUGGCCCCUCAGGAAUGGGGACGGAGGAGCCGUCAUUAGGCCCGCGGCUGCCGUCCUGGCUGCAGCCCAAGAGGUGCAUCGUGUUCCAGUGCGCGCAAUGCCACGCUGUGCUCGCUGACUCGGUGCACCUCGCUUGGGACCUCUCGCGGUCCCUCGGGGCCAUUGUCUUCUCCAGGGUUACAAAUAACGUGAUUUUGGAAGAGCCCUUCCUAGUUGGCAUUGAAGGUUUACUAAAAGGCAGCACUUACAACCUUUUAUUCUGUAGUUCCUGUGGGAUUCCCAUUGGUUUCCAUCUGUAUUCUACCCAUGCUGCCCUGGCUGCCUUGAGAGGACACUUCUGUCUUUCCAGUGAUAAAAUGGUGUGCUACCUCUUAGAAACAAAAGCCAUCAUAAGUGCAUCUGAAGUGUAUAUUCACAACAUGCCUUUACCAGAAAAGGUUGCAGAGCUGAAAGAGAAGAUAAUGUUAAUGCAUAGUCACUUAAAUUCACUGAUGGGGAUGUUGAAGGAAGUGGCUCCUGACCAGUCCAAGCCAGAAAACUGAUCCAGAACCAGAGCUUGAGUACCAGGGUCAGGCCUUACUGCUAUCUUCAAAAACAGGUGCUGUUUGAUAACUUCUUGAGAAAGACUGACUUCAAGAAUGGACAGCAAAUAUGGUUUAUUAUGUUUAUCUCAAUGCUGAUUUUCUAACUGAUUUGUGAAGCUGUUUCUCAAAGAUGAGAAACUAAGGAGACUUCUGUCUAGGUUUCAUAGCUAUUUGCCUUCAGAAAUUAUUUUAGCUUUCUUAAUAGUUUCACAAUUAUUUCUGAAAACAUCUUUAAUUGCACAUUUAGGGAUUAAGAGGCAGUGUGCCGUGCUCUGAUCUAAAGAUGCUUGUGAAAAUAAAGUUGUACUUAAUGUCCACUACUGUGAUUCCUACGUGGAGCAGUUAUAUGAAUACUGACAGUCUUUUUUUGAAUGGAAAAUACAGGUACAUACAUAUUCUAUAGGUAAUAUUCAAUAAGUUGGACAAUAUGCAGUUUUUUCUUUUCAGUUGGAAACUAAGCUUAAGGUAAUGAAUAAUAAAACAUCAACAUUAACUGAAAUGCUCUGGGGCUUUUUCGUAUUUUGCUGUACAAUAGCACUUGGGCUCAGCAGCUGUAGUAAGGGUUCGAAGAAAAGGGACAUAGAAUUACAAGCACAUGUAACAGGUAACUGAACUGGCCUUGGGGAUCAAGUGAAGUUUCAGUGGUGGUCUGAAAGGCAACUGGGGGUUAACGAGGUGGGGGAACAACCAAUUCAAAGGCCCUGUAAGGCCCUUGAAAGAAGGCCUUCAGGAGUUCUGGUAACCAGAGACCAGAAGGUGCAAGGUCCUCCUAGACUCUGGAAGGAUGUUUGUUUUAAUUCCAAAAAUAAUGAGAAAUCCUUGAAGAAUUUUCAAAGGAGGCCUAUGGCAGGAUCUGAUUCUCAGAACCUGGUGAUGGCUGUUCUGUGGAGAAUGGGUGGGAGGGGCUCACACUGGCACAGUCAACAGACGGGACCAAGAGGUGGUACUUAGAGAAGUUAACUUGGUUCAGAUGUAGCUAGGUUUUUUCUUUAAAGCAGAUUCUUUCCAUUUUAUACUGCAUAAAGGAUACUUCCCUUUAAAAUAUUUUAAGUUGUUGAAAAUUCUAAUUUGCUUUAUGCUUCUAAAUUGCAAAAUUUGGCUUUGUAAGCAAGGGUGUGAAGCUUCUGGGAACAGUCCAGAAAAUUAGUACUAUAUUGAAUCAUCUGAGUUUUUUUAUUGUAUGUCGGUCUG